AGGGGUGGUGCCAAGCGACAUCGUAAAAUUCUACGUGACAACAUCCAAGGUAUCACCAAGCCUGCCAUUCGUCGUCUUGCGCGCCGUGGUGGUGUCAAGCGCAUCAGUGGACUCAUCUACGAGGAGACUCGUGGUGUCCUGAAGAUUUUCCUGGAGAACGUCAUUCGUGACUCCGUAACGUACACUGAACAUGCCAAACGCAAGACUGUCACAGCGCUUGAUGUUGUAUAUGCUCUCAAGCGUUCUGGGAAGACAUUGUACGGGUUUGGUGCCUAA